GGAAGAUAGAAAACUAAAACAUAAAGGAUAAAACACAUAACCAUGAGUGUUUUGUUUUAGGCCCAACUCCCCUUUUUCUGUUGGACAAGGAAAAGAAGUUGGGUCAAGAAGGUGCCAAUAAGGAGAAAGUGGAGGGACCGAGAAAGUAGAGACCUCUAUAAAUUCAAAGUACAGAUAAAUGGCAGUAAAGACAUUUUUUUAAAAGAAAGAAAGAUUGAUUUGGUACCCUGAAAAGGCUGCUGGGUCAAAGCAGUAAAAGAGUUAGAGUGAUAGAAAAUUGUAGUUUAAAAGGAGAAUUGACUGUAGUCAAACAGGAGAAAGGUUGUAGCAAGUUUCAGGUUUCAGUGGCUGAAGAUGAAGCUUCUUGAGGUUGAAGAGCUAAAUAAACCCAGUGCAGAAAGUUGGAGAAAAACAUCAAUAUAGAUGCUGAGACUACCGAAGAUGAUGGCAAGGGGAGAGGAAGAAGACGCGCCUGGUGCAGAUGUUCUAUACAGUAGCAACAAUAAAAUGCAGGUGUUUGCAAUGGCUGCUGCUGUGAACUUGGAACUUGAUCCCAUUUUUUUGAAAGCACUAGGCUUCUUACAUUCAAAGAGUAAGGAUUCUGCUGAAAAGCUAAAAGCACUACUUGAUGAAUCUUUGGCUCGGGGCAUUGAUUCAAGUUACCGUCCAUCUCAAAAGGAUGUGGAGCCACCCAAAAUUUCAAGCACAAAAACUGUUUCCAUUAAGCAAGAGCCCAAAACAUCAUCCAGUCUUCCUUCGGGCAAUAAUAAUGGCAAGGUCCUAACAACUGAAAAGGUAAAGAAGGAAGGUGAGAAGAGACCUGCUGAUAAAGUGAAAUCAGACGUCACUGAAGGAGUUGACAUUCCAAAGAAACCUAGAUUGGAGAAACCAGAGACACGGUCCUCUCCCAUUACUGUCCAAACCAGCAAGGAUUUAGCUAUGGCUGACCUUUCCAGCUUUGAGGAGACCAGUGCUGAUGAUUUUGCCAUGGAGAUGGGAUUGGCCUGUGUUGUUUGUAGGCAAAUGACAGUGGCAUCUGGUAACCAAUUAGUAGAAUGUCAGGAGUGCCACAAUCUCUACCACCAAGAUUGCCAUAAGCCCCAGGUGACAGACAAGGAAGUGAAUGACCCUCGCCUGGUGUGGUAUUGUGCCCGAUGUACCAGACAAAUGAAGAGAAUGGCUCAAAAAACUCAGAAACCACCACAGAAACCAGCCCCCACAGUUGUUUCUGCAGCUCCAGCUGUUAAAGAUCCAUUGGUUAAAAAACCAGAAACUAAACUCAAACAAGAGGCAGCCUUUCUAGCAUUUAAGAGAUCAGAAGUCAAGGCACCCACGGUUAUUUCAGGAAACUCUUCUACUACCAACGUUUCCUCUUCAGCAACUAGUGGCCUAACUGCAUGGGCAGCUUUUGCAGCCAAAACUUCUGCCGGUCCAUCCACAGCAAAAUUGAGUUCAACAGCCCAAAACAAUAGCGGGAAACCUGCGACCUCAUCAGCUAACCAGAAGCCUGGGGGUUUGACUGGUCUGGCAACAUCAUCCAAAGGUGGAAUAGGUUCUAAAAUAGGUUCCAGUAACAGCACUUCACCCACUGUACCACUGAAACCACCUCCACCUCUAACUUUGGGCAAAACUGGCCUUAGUCGUUCAGUUAGUUGUGACAAUGUUAGCAAAGUAGGUCUUCCCAGUCCAAGUAGUUUGGUUCCAGGAAGCAGCAGCCAAGUAAGUGGGAAUGGAAAUAGUGGGACAUCAGGGCCUAGUGGAAGUACCACUAACAAAACCACUUCAGAAUCAGGCAGCUCUCCCUCAGCAUCCCUUAAAGGUCCAACUUCACAAGAAUCACAGCUCAAUGCCAUGAAGCGAUUACAGAUGGUCAAGAGGAAGGCUGCCCAAAAGAAACUCAAGAAGUAAUGUGGCCAAGUAGGUUUUUAUAUCAUAUUACCCUAAAAAUUUGUCUUAUUAUUAAGACAUCAACUGUAAUAUACGAUAAUUUAAUAAAAAUCUUCAUAAUGAAA